AUGGAUGAUGAUCGAUCAAGUUCGGAUCUAUCAAUACAAUCGGAGGAAAAUACACCACCACCAAUAGCAGGAAUAACGAAUGACAAUGCUCUUGUUACAACUGAUACUAAUGAUGGUACUGGGAAUGUUGGGAAUAUUCCACCUCCUCCACCAUUAUCAAGUGUAGUUCCUGUUUAUUUACCAGCGAAUUUGAUGAAACCAAUAGAAGUAGUGCCACGCAUACCUACUAAUGGGUCUUUUUCAGACUCAUCUGAAAGUGAUGAUGAUGAGGAUUUGGGGUAUCAUCGUCCUAUACAACCACCAAUUGAGACUCCUAUCAAACCAAGAGUUUUUAAAGAACCAACUUAUGACCAAAUUAAACCAGUCAUUGGAAUACCAAUUCCGAAUGCAAAUACAGAUAGAACUAAUGAAAUUAUGUCUGGAUGGAUCACUAAAUAUAAUUAUGAUAAUGUUCCUCCAGAAGCAUUGAUGGAAAUUUUCAAAUUUGUAGAUGUCAAAACCUUGUCAACUUGUUCCCUUGUUUCAAAGAAUUGGCACUUUGCCACACUUCAUGACGCCUUGUGGGAAGAUUCAGUGAGGAAAUUAUUUGAAAGAUUUAACAAUCAAGAAUCUGACUACUAUGCAAUUGAUUGUGGAAGAAUGAAUAAGAAGUAUGGUACUCCAAUUAAACCUCCUCCAAAAAUUAAAAAGAUUGAGGAUUAUGUAACAAUAGAGAAUGGUAAAAUUGUUUCCUAUCACACUCUAAGAGCAUUGAAUAUUGAACAAGGAAAGAAAAAACUCAUUUCCAAAUUGAAAAGAGACAGAAAGGAAUAUUGGAGAACAAAGUUCCAAGAGAAGUAUGACAAUGCCUCUUCACUCAAGUAUAGAUACUUUUUUGGAUUUUCCACACUUGUAUACAUUUCAUUAUUUAUUUUCUUUUGUCUAGUUGCUGUCAAUGAUGCUAUUCCAAAAUCUGUAAUUCCCAAUUGGCAUCUUUAUAGCUUUAUUCCUCUGUGGUUUUUCUUUUUAUUUGGAUUUGGAACUUUGUUCUUUGUAUUUUUUAUGUAUACAUCUGCGAGUAGAGAUUGUGAGAUACUAAUACUGGGAGGUGUGAUACUGUUGGUUGUUUUUGGUGGUUUGGCUUCUGCAAUUUUAUCAUUUUUGAAUGUGGCUGUUCUACCCGUGACGUAUAAUUAUGAUCGGUUUUCAGAUCAGUAUGUUAUAUCGUGGUUUAUUGUACUCAUUCCAGCUUAUAUAUUUGCAGUAGUGAUGUUUAUUGCUCAGUUGGUUGCUGUAGGAAUUGUAUUGAUUGAGGACUGGCUAAAUCAAGCAACUGUCAAAAAGAAAUGGAAGCAUUUUGGAGUGGCAAUGUUCUUUUCAACUAUGAACCUUUUAAUGAUUGCAGGUAUUGGAAUGGUAGGCAUUUCUCUUGAAUAUCCUACAUUCUUUCCAAUAUAUUAUCCAGCCAUUCCAGCCAUUAUUGUAGUAUUAGGAUUUAUCGUUGUGGCUAUUAAGGAAUUGUGGAAAGAUAGAAAUAAUCAAUAUUCAAGUGAUAAGUACAUUUUGAGUUUCGGUUUGGUAUUUUUCAUAGCACUGGCUAUUAACAUUGUCAUCAUUGGCUUGUAUCCAUUCUUACUGAGCUACUCGUGGUUCUCUUCUCUCUUACCGCUCACAGCUGCGUAUGCCUUUGUUUGUCGUGUGAUAUAUGAAGGUUAAUGAUAAAAUGUAUUUAAUAAU